GUACGGAGUACCGGUUGGAAAGUUGAAGUUGCUUUCGAACACGAUUGGAACGAUACUUUCUACCUAGGUAUACAUCGACGUCGAAUUAUCGGAUCGUCAUACCCGGUUCAAGGAAUACUACGAACCAUACAGAUCCAUCCUUCCAUCUAGAGAUACCCUUGGCUGCGCUGUGUCGUGUGGUCGGCGGACCACGAGACAAACCCAAGACAGAAAAAGAGAUGCCCUCCUCGUGUAAAGACAUACGCGCCGCUUUGGCAGCGUGCCUACAAAACUCCGACUGUAUCAUGGUCGACCGCCACACCCCGGUGGAGUGCCUGUCCUCCCCCCUCCUCGAGACCUUACCGGAACAGUGUCAGCAACUCAAAAAGGGGUUCAGGGAAUGUCGGCGAGGGUUGGUCGACAUGAGAAAACGCUUCCGAGGUAACGCUCCCAUCUCGACGAGUUUGGAGAACGAAGGUGGUGGCGGUGGUGGUGGUGGCGGCGGCAGUAAAUCGGCGCCCCAGCUGUACGGGGGUAAACCUGCAUUCGACGUCGUCGAGGGCAUGAGCAAAGAGUCCAGAGGCGAAGUUCAAGGGUUGGGGUUCGAUCCGAGUAAGACGAGGGGGUUGUGACUUUUGUAGGAGUUUACAGGAAUCACAAAAUACGACAAAGGUAAGAAAAAAAACAGAACCAUGCGGAAAGUAUACCUACACAUGAUGGACCCUCCCGAGGUGUGCAUAAUUGCUCUUUAAACGACGACGACGACGAGCAAAAACAACAUGAUACGCAGGAGACAAAAGAUGUGCAUUGAGGUGCCUUGUCCAAUUAGCAGUGGGGAAUGAAUGAUGCUCGAUUGUCUCUCUGAGAAUUGUCUGCGUUCCCACCACCAGCGACAAACGACAAGCCGAAGGUUUUGAAGAGACAAUCGACAGACACCCUCUCUACAAACAAGACAGAACAGGGGGAACAUGGCAAACCUGAAAAGGCACACUGCUCUCCGGAGAAGAUGACGAGGCUUUCAACUGGGGAACUUCGAAAAGAUCGUGGUCAGGUAUAGAACGGAUCGGCGAACAGGAGGAAACUGAAUCAAUUCACCGGUUCAGAACUUUCUCCUUGCGAGCACGAGAUACACCCAGAAUAUCCAGUCAGACGAAGUGUCAACAUUGUUUUGGUUGUGCUGACACGCACGACAAUAGGGGAAAAAAGAGAAGCGUGCAUGUUCCUGUACAUACACGCACGUAUUGAAUGUAUCACCACUCUGUCACCAGAUAUGUAUGUACUAUAAUGUAUUACGCGAAAGACAAUCAAAAGUCGGCAUAAUCAAAAGUCCAUACUUGACCAAUGUUGGAAUUUUC